AUGGCGCACUCCUCGCCUUCACGUAGGAGCCACAGCAAGGACUACGUCAAGCAGAGUCCUGAGCGUGGGUUUGUCGCUGACUUUCUGUCGGAGAACCGCAAUUCAGAGCUGAGCCAUCGCGAUGCUCUCGCCGCUGCCCAGCUCGAACACGAGCGCGUUCGCCUCGCUGCCCUCAGGGUGUACGAGGUCCACCAAUUGCAGGAGGAGAAGCAGCGGCUGGAGGCCGAGCAGCGCAGGAUAGCACAACUUCAGAAGGAGGAGGAGGAGCGAUUGAAGGCCGAGGCUGCUGUCCGCGCCGAACAGGAGAGGCUUAGAGAGCUCAAGGCAAAGCAGAUACCUCAGCUUCCUCCCGAGCCCGAACCCGAACCUCCCAAACCUGAAGCCGUACCGCCGAAGAAGCAAGAGCCCCAGGUCAAUGGCACCACCAGCCAAGCAGUCAAGGUCGAGACUGCUGCUCCAGCACCGCAAAGGUUACAGCCGACACCCGUGGCAAACGCUUCGGCGCCAGCUCUUCAGACGGCAAAGACUUCUCUGGCAGCUCCUUUACCAACACUGGCGAAGGAACCUGCCGCAGCGCCAGCCCAAGCCAAUGGGUUCCUGACGAAGCCCGUCGAGCCUCCGAAGCCCGCCGCGCAGCCCGCCGCUGCCGCGAUACCCGCGAAAUCGGCAGACGCCGAUAGGUACGCCGAAAUACACCAGGCUCUGAAGAAGCUGAGAAAGGACGUCGAGGCUCUAUCGAAGCAGCCUGGAUCGCCGCUCAAAGGCAAGCUCGGCGACAUGCGCCGACAAAUCAGGAAAUCCAUUGGGCAAUUGACCGCUGGCAAGGGAGCAAACGCCGUACCUAUGAACACAAUCAACGUCACUCUGCGUGAAUCACUCGCAAGUGUACAGUCGCCGCCGAUAGACGUCAGUCUGUAUGUUCUACGAAAUCGAGAACCUGUCGAAGGAGCUGUCCACAAUGGCGAACAGCUCCCGGCGCUGUUUAUCUAUCUUCUCAACAUCCUCUCAAAGGCAAUUAUAGGACAGUUCGCCAACGAGGGUGGCGCGAAUACCAAGUCCGCCGAGCCAGUCGGUAUCGUCACGGCUCAAAUCUUCUCCAACAAGGAUUACCACUGGCGGGGCGUCUCCCUGAUUGACAUUCUGAUCGCCAAGUUCCGUGUGGCUUGCCCAGUCUUGUUCGGUUCUAGGGGAAACGACAAGACGCAAGCGGGCCGCCAGGCUAUCGGUUGGAAGAAAGAGGACGGCAAUUGGAUUCCUGAGCAGGCGCACAAUGACAGGAUGACGGGUCUCGGCGCCGGAUUCGCGGCUAUUGCCUUGCGAGACUUCAGCAAGGCGUCCAAGACAAACCCGUACCCGCCGACGAACUACUGGAAGGCCAUGGCGCAGAUAGUCAAUUCACCGCCACAGCUCAUCUCGAACACGCAGUACAUCGUGCUCAAGUCCAUGAUCGACGGCCACCAGCAACGGUUUAUCAACUUCUACGGAAACGCUGCCCUCGCAGCCCUGCGCUUGGCGCUGGUGGAGUUUCCUGGAAAGGCUCCCGCUGGGGCCACGGCAGCCCAGGCUCUGCAGGUGCUCGCAGACGUCAUGAGGAGAGAUUCCGGCUUGGACUUGUCGUAG